GGAAUAAACUUGUAUAUAUAUUUUAGAGAAAUAUUAAGACAGAACAAUGUUGUCAAGAGUUUUAAAGGAACACAAUUUAAAGCAAGCGAUCACCAAAGAAAAACAUGAGGAAAGGAAAAAGACAGCUGUAACUGCAGUGCAUGAAUUCUCUGGAAAGUUGGUUGACGCAUUAAAUUCUGACGUUGAGAAGGCUUACAACAACCAACGUGCACUUGAAACAGAAGCUAAACAUUUGCAACAACAUGUGAUACAAUUUUCCAAACAAACACAGCAAUGGACGUCCAUGCUGGUGAAAUUUAAUCAGUUAUUAAAAGAACUUGGUGAUGUGGAGAAUUGGGCACGAACUAUUGAAAUGGACAUUACUACAAUUGCCUGUGCUCUGGAGUAUGCAUAUAAAGCAAUUAUAGGAACACAUCAGCAUGAACAAAAAAACAAAGCACAAUGUGAAAAGCGGGCAAAAAUUUUUGGAGCACCUUACCCUGAGCGAAUUAAAAAUGACAAAUGUGAAAAGCGUGCUAGUAUUGCAGAAAGACGUGAGCAUGAAGAGAUAAAAAUGAAAAAGAGGAAAACAUUGAUGAAAAUGACCUAUUUUGAGCGAUGCAGUUAUUUAAAUUUUAAUCCAGUGUUGCUUGCAAGACACUUUCGAUACAGAGGUAAAUCAUUUUUCAAAGUAAUUUUGAUUAAUGGGCCUCUUGGCAAUGUUAACUAUUAUGCGAUUCGUGUUAAAUUUCAGUUUCCUGUUCGUCCUCAUAUUCAUUCUUUUUUAUAGGUUUUAAAUGCCUCAGUAUUAAGUGAAAGAAAUGAUGGUGAAUAUAUUUCGUUUUUUAAUUCUGUCAUUAGGGCAUAUGUUCCAGGUAGUGAUUUAAAUCCUGAGCUCUAUAAACUGGUAACUACAUAUCAAAUUUAUUCCAAUUCUAAGUCAUGCUGAAAAUAUAGAAAUAAAAGUUGUAGAUACCAUUUUGGACGUUUAUUCAGUGAUCGUACCUUUAUUGCUACUCCACUAUCAAUCAAUAUACUAUUAAAUAAAAAAAACUCUUGAAUAGCGCAAGUUGCUGCUUGCCGUGGUUAAAGAAUACAUUGAUGAAAACUUAGACCAUCGAAAAGAAGCAUCUUAAAUUCAAGUCCCAUCAAUAAAAAAGAUUCUUUAAGAAGAAGAUUUAUGAAGAUGACUAUUAUGAGGCUCUUUCUAUCUCUGAUCUCUAAGGUUUAGCAGCUUGGAAAGCAAAUAUAGAUUUGCAACCUGUUUUUAAUCAUGACAAGGCUGUUACAUACAUGUGUGCCUAUUUUUCAAAUUCUGAAGAUGAGACCCGAGGCUAUGAAGCAGUCAGCAAAAGAAGCUUUCAUUUCAAAUAAUGCGGCUAUAAAAAAAAUGAGAGCAAUUGCCAGAGCAUAUGCUUAUAAAAGAAAAUGUUCGGUUCAGGAAGCUGUUUAUAUUUUAAUGCCUGAGUUGUAGCUUAGAAAAACAUUUCCAUGUGUAAUUUUUGCUAAUAGUAAUCUUCCUGAGAAUCGUUUUAGAAUAUGUCGCAGCAAGGAAGAAAUUGUUGAGUGACCCGAAGACAGUGUUGAUAUUUUUAAACGUAACAUGAUAGAUCGUUACACAGAUAAACCAAAUGCUACAGUUUUACGGUGGAAAGUAUAAUAUUGUGGAUAGCUUUGCUAUGUAGAAUUUAUAGCACAUUGUUACUUGCCUGCGAAAGAUAAUGUUGUAAACGAUAAUUAGGCAGCUGUUUACAGGAUACUGUUUGAAGCUGAGAAUACCAGCUGUAACUACCCCCGAAAUAUCCCUUUAAUGAACUCAAAGGAAAUUUAAAAUGUCGCGAGCUUAAAGCAGUAUCUGCGUUAUUAUUGAGAGAUACGCAUAUCAUUUGCUUCUUAUGUUUUAUCCUUUUCGUAAUGAAAAUGAUCUUAAAUGUUCGACUUCCGUAAUAUAUUUGGACAAGCUCAAUCAACUCGGUGUUAUUGAUAAUGUCAAUAGAAACAAACAAUUUUUUGAACCUUGUGCAAAUUUAGUUAAGAAAGCAUUAAUAAAUUUGCGUUCAAAUUUAUCUUCAAAACAGGAUCAAUUUGCUGAUCAAGAAAAUGAUAAAGUGGCACAAUGGAUGAAAACCCUCAUAAUUCUGAAUCAGAAGAUCCAGUUGGGGAUGCUGUGAUAUUAGAUAAUGUUUUCUGUUCUUGCUCGUUGCCCACUGGUCAUUAUUACUGAAGUUAAAUACAAAAAUUAGAUCACUUAAUAAAAAUCAACGACAAUGUUUUGAGGUAAUUUAUAAUUGGGCAAAAAGAUUUACUAAAAAUCUGUCGGCUGUUCAAACUAUUGAGAUUUCUCCAUUGGAUGUGUUUUUACGUAGAGCCGCUGGAACACGUAAAUUACAGUUAAUAAAAACUGUUUAUCACGCUUUGACUAAAAUCCUAUUAUACAACUCAAAAAAUUGUAAGAUAUUAUUACUUGCUCCAACAGGUGUAGCUGCUGUUAAAAUUAAUGGAACUACUAUUCAUUCUGCUCUUGGCAUUCCAGUUGGUAGAAUUGGAAAAAAUUUACUUAGACUCAAUGAUGAAAAGGGAUCUGCAUUGCGAAAUGUGCACAUUAUCUGUGCAAAUUGCGAGCCAUUAUCAUUAUCGUUAUCUCUACGUUCCUACUUUUUUUUCACUUACGGUUAAAUGAAAUAUUCGGGUUUUUAAUGAUGUUCCAUUUGCUGGUAUAACUGUGAUAGCAGUAGGUGACUUUUAUCCACUGACUCUGAGUACAAUGAUUUGUGGCAAAAUUUAGCACAUUUGUGGAAUCUUUUUAAGAUGGUUGAACUUCAUCAAAAUAUGCGCCAAAGGGGACUACCUCAACUGAAGAAGAAGAUGAGAAACUACUAAAAUCUCGCUUUGUUACACAAAGCAAUAUAACUUAACAGUUAAUAUUGACAUUGCGGACAACUUAAUACAAUUACACAUAUAUAUUUGAUGCCACUGGUUUUUGUAAUAAUAUUUCUAUAAAAUUUGAUGACUAUCAAGCUGGCCAAAAAAAAAUGCAAAACAAUCCUUCCGCAAGGCAACACAGAUGGGUUCUUAUUGAAAAAACAGAGGCAAAUAUUAUAAUAAGGACUAAUAAAGAUAGUUCUGCAAUUAUAAAGGGAAUAAAGUUCCCCUUGAUGUAAGCUUGCGUUUGUACGGUCAAUAAAGUGCAAGGUUUAAGUCUUGAGGCAGUUAUUAGUUUUUUGUUAUUAAAAUUUAAAAAAAAAUUAACAAUGGUCAAAUGUAUGUAGCUUUAAGUAGAGUUACUUCCUUGAAUGGACAUAUUAACAGGUGAAUUCAAACCAUCUGCUAUUAAAGCUGAUGCUGAAACAUCAUGUGAAUAUGAUCGCAUGAGAAGAGAAGCUGACUCCAACCAUUACAUAAAGUUUAUAAUUCCGAAACUUGACAAUUACGUUAUUAAAUACAAGGUCCCUAAACAGACAUGCUGUAGAUAUUUUUCAUGAUCAAUUUUUGAUAAACUCUGACAUAUUGUGUCUCACUAAAACUCAACUUUUACCAGAACAAAGUACAGAUGGUGUUUCUGAUAUUUUAAGUAAUUUUCAUAUGUUACGUAACAAAUCCAUUGAUAAGUUUCAAAGUAUUUCUUUUUGCCAUGAUCUUAAUGCUGAAGUUAAUUUUUACCAAAGCACUGGUAUUUGAAGAAUUAAAAAAAUCAUCUUUCUCACUCAAUCUAUUCAAGUUAGUGUUAUGCAGAAAAAACACAUCUUGUUUGUCUUCUUUUUCUAAUUCUGUAAAGCGUUAACUGAUACUGUUCAAUUAUCAUCAAUUUAAAUUAAUGGGCGACUUUAAUAUUAAUGCCCAAGGUCACACACGCCCAAGUGCAUUGUCACAUUGUCGAAUUUUACCAGAUAGUACAAGAACCAACUCAUCUUGGUGGAGCAACAGUUAACCAUGUAUAUGUCAUAAAAAGGAAUUGCUCAAUAAUUUUGAACAUUUUGUAUAAUGUGUAUACUUUUCUGACCAAGAUGCCAUCAAAAUUCAGUUAAAAAAACCCAACAUAAAACAGUAAUUAUAGGUUGGGUUUAUAAAUGGAUAGAAACAUGGGCUAUUAUGUAUAGAACAAAUUGAAAAUUCAGUUUUCUUCUGCAUGGCUUUGAUACUGCUCCAACAUUGUGUCUUUGUUAUAUAUUUAUACAUGUUUUAGAUUAACUUCUAGCAGUUAUGUAUAAGUGAUUUUAAUUAUGACUUAAGUUUAAUGACACUUAAAAAAAAAGUUUAAAGAAGUUCUGAAUUGAAACAAAGGGAUUAACGAAAUAACAGUCAUGGACUGGAGACCGCUAAGACAUUUUUUAAACUUACUGUUAUAAUAGUUUAAAACAUGUAUUGAAGACAUGGGGUAGCAACGAGUCAUAACCUAAUAUUAAACAUAUUAACACGCAACUAAUGGACUCAGAAUCGCAGCGAGUGAUAUACCAUAAAUGUACGAUCCAUGCCGUUACUUUACUUUCUCUCGAUACACCACUUCAAGUGAAUGGUAUGUGAAUGAUGCUGAAUCUUAGACAAAUACAUCAAAGUUAAUAAAAACAGUAUUCAGUAUUUUUUAAAACUAUUUGCUCCAGCUAAGUGAGGCAACGGUAUAUUAAAACUGUAAAUCUCAUAAUUUAAAAGAACUAUAGAUUCUGGGCAAAUUACAUUGUAAACUGUUAUUAGGAUUGUCAUGCAACUUUUCUACGUAAUGUUAUCUUUCCACGUUUAACGUCUCCCGUUCUAACUUAUGUAUUAUUGUAAUUUCGUGAAAUUGUAUAAAGCUUAACUCUCUGUCUAGCCAGAGACCUGAAGCCAGCGGGACAAACAGAGUUCGAGACAGAAGACCCCGACUUUUGCGCGUCAUAAUCGUUUUUUUUUUGUUUUUUUUUUACAAAAUUGUUUUCAACAAGUUGUUUUGGGAACAACUGUAACUACAUAAAUUAGGCACACUCUAUGUUACUGCGAUGUUACUUUUUCUCUUUUAUUAAUCGAUGCAACCUUUGAAACCCUUUCAUUCUCUUCCUCCGGUUCUAUUGACUACCUGGACCCCGACACCUCUCCCGCAGCAGCAACUACCGUUAGCGCAUUAUCGUAAUAAGUUUUACCAGCCGCUGAUUUAUUUAAUGCGGGAUUUUUUUUAAGACAGCUUGUAAAUAGUGUGCUGAAAGAUUGUAUUUUCGUUCAUGUGGUCAAGAAAAGAAUUGCCAGAAAACAUUUAUUUGGCUAUUAUUGUUUUGUGCAUAAGUGACCUUUUUUCUCUUUUUAUAACUGCAUAUAUUAAUGUAAAAAGAGCUUUUAUUCAUUUACAACAGUGUAACUUCUCUUUUUCACAUUUUUAUUUUCUCAUGUCAUCUCAUCAAUUCUACACAAACUCAGAAAUAAUCAAGUUAAAAAGUAUUAUUUAUUAAACGUAGUAAUGCUCAGCAAAGUUAUAAAGCUUUUUGCUGAUUUAGAAUUUAACCUCGCAAAAAUCUUUUAUUAAAAUUUUUGUGUAAACUUUUGUCGAAGAGAACAAAUAGAUCAAAGUAGAAGACUCUUAUUGAUUUAUGUUUUAUGUGUUUUAAACCUUCGUUGUUUAAAAGUUUUAAAGUCGUUUCAGAAGCGUUGUUUGACCCGGCUAUAAGAAAUUGGUCUAACUUUGGUCUCCCGCGGUUCCGAGGUACCCAGGCGGGAGGUGACGUAAGUUAUUUCUGUCAGGGUAUUUCCGUUGUGAUGUAUCGUCAAUAAAUUUGAAAAAUUAAACAUAACGUUUUUGGCAACUAAGGGAAAAUGAACAAAUGCGAUACUCCUGUUGCAAAAACUAGUCGUAAGCCUGUAGAAAAAUCAACUUUGCCGGAAGAACAAUAAAGUAAUAUAGGUGGUUUAAGGCUUUGGAUGACGUCAGCAAUGCAUAUACAGUAAAUAGUUUUUAACAUUUUUUACCCGUUGCGUCUAUUGUAUAGAACUUGAGAUUCUGAUCAAGAAAAUGUGUAGGAUUGGUACUCACAACAAACGGUUCAGAAGAUAUAACAAUUUAAAAACUUCGCUGACAUCAGCAGACUAACCAAAGUACAGUACCUGGUAAACCCGAAAUAUGCGGAUUGACCCAGGUUUACGAAAUUACUCCUAUUUUGGUCCCAGUACUAAGUGCCCUCUCCCCGAUGUGUGAUGCAGUUUACCCCUUACGAAGUAUUUAACCCGGAGACGUCAGCUACAGCAACAAUCAACAAUACCUAUCGUUGCGAGAUCUUUAGAAUGAGUAUUACUUAUUACUAGAUCUCAUUUGUUUUUUUAAAGAAACCUGAAAACCUGCAGUAUUCAUUAAUAAAAAAUAGGUUUCUGUUUAUGAAAAAAAAAAUGAAAAGAUGAAAAAUAGGUUCACUGCCACAACAUAUUUGUCCAGCAUACAAUACCCUGCAUACAUAGCUAGCUAUAUACUCAAGUUUUGACUGUUCGCCGUUACGGAAAGAUUGGAAAAUAGUCAAAAAGACUCGUAUAGUUAAGCUACCUACAUAAAUAAAGUGUACAAACAAUUAUGCCUCUGCAGCGCUGACGUGGUACUAGAUGGCUCAAAAUUUUAAAAUCAAUGUUAUAUCAACAUGUGACCAUCCCCAAUAAGCAGAUAUCAGAGAGUGUUCUUUGUUCUUUAAAUCUUAUUGUGGGUACCUCAAAAUUCUGCAUAUUCAAUUAAAAAAAAUGUUCAAAACUUUCUCUUAUUUUACUUGUACUACUCAUGACAUUUCUUUGCAUCGUCUUCAGUUUCAAGUCAUGAUUUCUUAACCACCGGUGAAGUUCAGGUACGUCGCUUUUACAAUAGCCAAUACUGUGGACAACGUCGCGGAGCUCUUGGGUAAUUUUGAUAAGAUAUGGUUCUGCUUCAUACUUUUCAGAUUUUGGCUGCUGAUAUCAGUAUAUUUUAACCCUUAACAGCCACUUCCCGUAUAUAUAUGUAGAAUUGUCUAUAAGUUAAAGAAAAAGGAAAAGUAUACUCUUUGUGGUAAAUAAGUUUGUUGAGGUUGAAACGAUCCUACUUCAAAACUCCUCAAUUUCGAAAAGUCUACUCAGAAGUUCUCCAAACCCCUCCAAAAUUCGUACUUUUUGAAGUUUUUCCUCAAAUCCUUUUAACUUAGUCUUAGAACGAGGGAAAGAUUUGAUUACUUCACUGUAAGGUUGGGGUGUGCGUGCAAUUCACUGAAUGGUUUUAGCCAAUAAUAAAUUGUUGUGGUGUAGAGUUUCUUAUGUAUGAUGUACGCUCAUAAUAAAAUCAUACUCUUAUUUGGCCAUUCUGUCCUUUAUCAUUUAUUGUUCCAAUAAAUCUGCUCUCAAUUGAACUGAAACUACAUUAUUUUAAACAUGUUAUGUCUUCUGUAGUGAAAAUAAUGUUAAAAGCUAAAGAUAAAUUCAGUUAUUAAAAUAUAUGGUUGCAGAACGAAUAUUUUAAGCCUUGAUUGCAAAAGUAUUAACAAAUGUAAGUAUUGCAAGAUGCUUUCAAUAUUUUCUUUUAAUUUUAGUUCAAAUAAAAAUGACUUGUUUUCAGCUGUGCCUUCUGAUAUUAAGGUGGCAAAAUCAUUCGCAUAGAAAAACCUUUUUGAUAAACCAUAUAACAAAAUUGAAAAGAGGGGUCAGAUGGAUGUUUAUGUGAUAUUCUUCAUGGAAAAGUUAAUACUAACAUCAUGCAUAGAGCUCAUACUGCUUUAUCUCUUAUCAAAAUUGAUUUAAAUGAUCAUGAAAAUUAGGGGCAACGGCAAUGGUAGAUUUAGGUUUUGCUCUGAAUUAUGAGGUUAAACUUCUUAAAAGAAACGAGACGGUAAGUGAAAAUCAAGUAAUGAACUUCAAGAGAGAGGCUAUUGAUUUCUUGGCUAAAAUGUGUUCUCACUUGAUUUGGAAGAGUCGUUUGUCCUCCCAUUAUGCCUGAAAA